AUCGAUAUAAUCAAAAAUGCUCGUGAAAGUUGUGCUAUUCGGAUUGUUGGGUGUUUCCAUUCACUUUAUUUUUAAUACACUACUAACACUUGACAUAAAUAAGCGAGUAUACAACCAUCGGCCGGGAGAGUGCAGAAAGAUCGAAGGCCCAGUUCAUGGAUCGGAAGAUAUCGAAGUCAUCGAUAAACUGCAAAUUGCUUUCAUUUCAUCUGGUCUUGUAUAUCUUCCAAACUCUGCUUCUGAUGUGAAAUGGAAGGGACAAAUCUUCUUAUACGACCUAACAAAACGGAGCUACAAAGCCGAACCGAUUCCAGUGCUGAAUUUAGAAGACGUGGAUGGAUUCCAUCCACACGGAUUGUCUCAUUGGAUUUUGAACAAUAGAACUGUUCGACUAUUCGUAGUUGUUCACUCGAAAACUUUUAAACAUUCAAUUGUAAUAUUGGAUUACAAUUCAGCAAAACGUGAAUUGAACCAUGUUAAAACAAUUCGAGGCGAGAAAUUUGUUCGUCCAAAUGAUAUUGUGGCAACUGGGGAGAACUCAUUCCUCGUAUCGAAUGAUGGUGGAGCUCAGACAGCAUUGGGAAACGUUUGGGAGAUUUUAAGUGGUUUUUAUAAAGGAGGAUUAGUGUAUUAUAAUGGAAAGAAAUCUCAAUUCCUCAUGGAAAACAAUAUUGCCAAUGGAAUAAUCUUAUCUCGGGACCAGAAAACUCUAUUCGUUUCUCAUAUCAACCAGGAGACGAUAGGAGUGUACACUUGGAAUCAAAAAGACGGAGAGAUUCAAAAAAUUUCUGAAAUUGAAACUCUCACUGGAUGCGAUAACUUCUACGUGGACACUCAGGAUCAUCUUUGGGCAGGUUGUCAUCCAGUUGUGAAGGACGCUGCCGGCCAUCUCGGAAAUGUUUCUGAUUCGACACUUUAUGGACCAUCUCAAGUUCUGCGAGUUUCUUUUUCGAAGGAUCUGAAGACGGCGGAGAUUGUUGAAGUUUUGGCUGAUGAUGGAAGAUUCGUCAGUGCGAGUACAAUUGCAAUUCCGUUUGAUGACGGGAAACAAAUGAUUGUUGGUACAGUAGCCCGCCCUGCUAUUCACUGUGAUAUCAAUGUUUCUUUGAAUUUAUACUAGAUAUUAUGGCAACGGUUCACUUAAAAAUAUCACAAUGAAUGAAUAAAUAGAUUAAACAAAG